GUUGCGAGGCAGAGGCGAGCGCAGCAGCAAAAGUCUUCGUAGAGUCGUGAACGUACGGGUGCGUCCAUAUUUUGCUAAGUGGCUCGUGUUUGCGGCCGAAAGUUUGCCGUUGGUCGCUGGGCGCGCAGCACGGCCCAGCUCGAGUUCUGCCCGCGUGCGCCCGAGGCCGCGAACGGCGGCCAAACGGAGGCCCCUGAAGCAGCCGUCCGAAGACAACAACUUUUGCUCUCUCGGCCGCUCGCUCUCACUUCGUCACUUCACUUGCGAUGCUUGCCAGCUAGGCAGGCUGCGCAAAUCUAGGUCAGCUGACGGCGGUCGCACCGAACCCUGCGAACUCUCAGACUUUCGGAGGGCGACGCCCACUUGGAGCGUAGAGUGUGUUUCUUUCUUUCGGUGAGCUGCGAAGAAAAACUACUACUCCUCACUGGUGUGUGUUUGUUUUGACCACUGUCAUUGAUAUACAUACAAACCCUCGUCUCGAGUGCGCGUGUGUGCGAAAUUCGCAAAACAACUGUCGCGCCAAAUUUGACUAGCAGUGAAUUAAUUAAUUCAAGCGAGAGAUCAACCGCUGCGUCUGCUGCACUCAAGAGCUCAUUUGUCUUCAUGCGAGCAGCGGAGACUCUCGUCGCAGUUAUUGCAGUUGGCCGAUGUCCUGAGUGAGCAAAUUUGCCACGACGAACGUGCUCGCUAAAGCCUCCCAGCUGGAUCUCACCCGCCCCCGCCACCCCCAACCGGCCACCAUUAGCGUGAUCCAGCACUCGGUGAUGGACCUGAAGCACGAGUCUCCCAGCGCCGCAGCAAUGAUGUUUCGCGGUGGCGGCAGUGGCGGCGCCACUGGCGCCAUGCCACUCACCACCAAGGGUCUGUCCGAAGGCCUCCUCAGGAUCCACGACGGGGUGGUGAUCAAGACGGAGCCGCGCACCAGCUCGCCCUGCGGCGACCAGCCGACCACGAGCAAGCGCGCCCGUCACGACGAGGGCUGGAUCCCGUCGCCGGGACAGACCUCGCUCGACCCUCUCUCGCCCUCGUCCACAUUCCAGAACGCCAACAGCUCCGGUGGAGCGAUCGGCGGCGUCCAGGGGUACCAUUCGACGAGCGCGGGCGCUCUGUCCAACGGCUACUCCUCACCCCUCUCCUCCGGCAGCUACGACCCCUACAGCCCCAACGGUAAGAUUGGUCGGGAUGACCUUUCGCCUCCUACGAGUCUGAUGGGCUUCUCGACGGGCAGCGAGUCGGUGGACGGGAAGAAGCGCAAGGGUCCCGCGCCCCGGCAGCAGGAGGAGCUGUGUCUGGUGUGCGGCGACCGCGCCUCCGGCUACCACUACAACGCGCUCACCUGCGAGGGCUGCAAAGGUUUCUUCAGGCGCAGCAUCACCAAGAACGCCGUGUACCAGUGCAAGUACGGCAACAACUGCGAGAUCGACAUGUACAUGCGGCGCAAAUGCCAGGAGUGUCGACUCAAAAAGUGCCUCAGCGUCGGCAUGAGGCCUGAAUGCGUUGUUCCUGAAAUCCAGUGCGCGGUAAAGCGUGAAGCGAAAAAGGCGCAGAAGGACAAAGACAAGCCCAACUCGACAACCUGCGGCAGCUCUCCUGAGUCGGUAGUUAGUCGGGAAAUCGAGUCCAGAGUAUCCAGCAUCACAAACGGCCACACCCCCAUUGUUCAACAACGCAAAGUGACCAUCAAGCAGGAGGAAAAGGUCAUGCCGGUGAUGAUUGGAGGAACCAAACCUGUCAGUCCAGAACAAGAGGAACUCAUACAUAGGCUCGUCUACUUCCAAAAUGAGUACGAGCAACCUUCAGAGGAGGAUCUCAAAAGGAUCAUGAACCAUCCUGUGGAGGGUGAAGAUCCGAGUGACGUCAAAUUCAGACACAUCACCGAAAUCACCAUUCUCACAGUUCAACUCAUUGUCGAGUUUGCCAAGAGAUUGCCUGGUUUUGACAAACUGUUACGAGAGGACCAAAUUGCCUUGCUAAAGGCAUGCUCAAGUGAGGUGAUGAUGCUCCGGAUGGCGCGAAGUUACGACGCGCAGACGGACAGCAUCGUUUUUGCCAACAACCAGCCGUACAGCCGAGAGUCGUACAACCUGGCCGGCAUGGGUGACACCAUUGAGGAUUUGCUGCACUUCUGCAGACAAAUCUACGCCAUGAAGGUGGACAACGCCGAGUACGCGCUCCUCACAGCCAUCGUCAUUUUCUCAGAGAGACCUGCAUUGAUCGAGGGCUGGAAGGUGGAGAAGAUCCAGGAGAUCUACCUGGAGGCCCUGAAGGCGUACGUGGACAACCUGAGACGGCCGAGGGCCGGCACCGUGUUUGCCAAACUGCUGUCAGUGUUGACGGAACUGCGGACUCUGGGCAACCAGAACUCGGAAGUUUGUUUCUCGCUGAAGCUGAAGAACAAGAAACUGCCAGCAUUCCUCGCCGAGAUCUGGGACGUGGUCCCGUAGAGGCCCUGCUGCGAAAUGCAGGGCUCUCUUUGUGCAGGCUGUGAUUUGUGUCCGGAAGGGAAGAGACUUCACUCUCGCAAUAAAAACAAACAAAAACUGACUGACUGCAGCGUUUGGUGUCUCGGGCAGUGACUCGUCGCGAGGCCAAACCGAUCGACUCUUAGGAAAAAAUCAAGAAAGAACUCACACGCAUUACACACGUUAUGUAAGAAAAAGAUUAUUAUACGAAUGGAAAAAAGAUACACUCACACACAAAGUUCGGUGCCUUUGCAACUUUAUAAUUAUUCUACACUCUGUAGGUGCGCAUACAAGGGAGGGUGAGAGCAAAGACUUGACGGAGCGAAUGAGUACGACUGCCCGAUUAAUUUGUUUGCCCUAUGGUGCUGCGUACACAAGUCUGAUUUACACUCACGAAUGUAAGCGAGAUGUAAUGGAAUCGAACUGCGCUGAGCCGUCCCAAAAUGAAUCAGAGAAAUAUUUAAUUAUCGAUUAAAGAUUUGAGAAUAAUUAUUAUAAUUGUAAAACAAAAAUAGACUCACUGAAGAACAAUUAGCGUGACCAAAAUUCAUUUGGAGACUGAGGAACUGUAAUUGAUCGUGGUUUAAUUAAUUGAUUCCCCUUAUACAUCGUGUUGUUCUUUUGCUCUUUCUGUCUCUGCGCUCCGGCAGCUUGGACGUGGGAAAAGAAAUUAAUUGUACCGAAAUAGUGUGGAUUUUUAUUUUUAAUUGUGAUCGUUGUUAGAAAUAAUGUGAUUUAACCAGAUGACGAAAUUGCUUUUUUUU